AUGAGUCAGCGACAGAAGAAGACCCGCGAUCCUGGCGCCGUGGACGAGGAGAUGCGCCAGUAUGCCACCGGUGGUCACACGCUGGAAGAGCUGGACGAAAACUACCCGAACAGGCCCAAAAACCACGCCAGAACGCUGAUGUUCUCGGACAUGUUCGAGGACCUGUUCAAUCCACUCAAUGAGAACAAGAAGCAGCCGUCUGGGCCUCGAGGGCGAGCCAAGGCCGGCCCUCGGGGGUCAACGAAGCUUUCGCCCAACGAGCAGCGCCGCGCCAUUAUCGAGCGCUUCAUCUCCAGGUGGCGAUCUGAUGUCGGAGACGACUUUUACCCGGCCCUUCGUCUGAUCCUCCCCAACCAAGACCGUGACAGGGGCGUCUACGGGCUGAAGGAGAACGCCAUCGGCAAGAUCCUGGUCAAGGUCAUGAAGAUCGACAAGAACUCCGAGGAUGGCUACAAGCUCAUCCACUGGAAGCUGCCCGGCCAGUCCAAGCAGAGCCGCAUGGCGGGCGACUUUGCUGGGCGGUGCUACGAGGUCCUGUCCAAGCGGCCCAUGCGUACGAAACCAGGAGACAUGCACAUAGGAGAUGUCAACGAGAUGCUCGACAAGUUGUCCGCCGCGUCAGGGGAAUCCGAACAGCUGCCUCUGUUCGAGACAUUCUACCAGCGCAUGAACCCCGAUGAACUGAUGUGGCUCAUCCGCAUCAUCCUCAAGCAGAUGAGGGUGGGUGCUACCGAGAGAACAUUUCUGGACCUAUGGCACCCCAAUGCUGAGGCUCUUUUCUCUGUCUCAUCCAGCCUGCGCCGCGUGUGCUGGGAGCUAUACGAUACAUCCGUCCUCCUAGACGACGACGAUACCGGUGUUGAAUUGAUGCAGAUUUUCCAGCCCCAGCUUGCCAAUUUCCAGUUUUCCAUCUCGUUUAAGAAAAUGGUAGAGAAGCUGGUCAGGGAUAACCCCGAGGACGAGAAAGACUUCUGGAUCGAGGAGAAGUUGGAUGGUGAACGAAUGCAGCUUCACAUGAUGGAAGACGACGGGAUCCGGGGCGGCAAGAGGUUUGGCUUCUGGUCCCGGAAAGCCAAGGACUACGCUUACCUCUACGGCAACGGCUUCUUCGACGAGGAUUCGGCCUUGACGAGACACCUCAAGGAUGCCUUUGCCCCUGGCGUCCGCAACAUCAUUCUCGACGGCGAAAUGGUUACCUGGGACAUGUCCCUGGACAAGAUCGUUGCCUUCGGUACUCUGAAGACAGCAGCUCUCGCUGGGAAGAAGAACCCCUAUGAUAUUGUGGGCACGCGUCCUCUUUUCCGCGUCUUUGACAUUCUUUACCUGAAUGACCAGGAAUUGACGCGCUACACACUACAAGACCGGCGAAAUGCGCUGGAAAAGGCCGUCCCCGGAGCUCAUCGACGUCUGGAGCUCCACGAGCACAAGGUGGCAUCAACGUCUGAUGAGAUCGAGCCCAUGCUUCGUGACAUCGUCCAUAACUCGUCGGAAGGUCUGGUACUCAAGAACCCGCUGUCCGUAUACAGCCUCAAUCAACGCAACGACAAUUGGAUCAAGGUCAAGCCCGAGUACACCAAGGAGUUUGGUGAGUCGGUGGAUGUGGUUGUCAUCGGCGCAUACUAUGGUACUGGCCACCGCGGCGGAGGGCAUUCAUCCUUCCUUUGCGGCCUUCGGGUGGACCAGAACGACAUCGACAAUGGAGCCGAUCCAGAGAAAUGCCUCAGUUUCUUGCGGGUUGGUGGUGGCUUCAGAGCCCAAGACUACAGCGCCAUUGCGCAUCGCACCGAAGGCAAGUGGAUGGACUGGAACCCGAAAAGGCCGCCGACCAAGUACAUCGAGCUGGCGGGUGGCGACAAGCAGCUCUGGAAGCCUGACCAGUGGAUCAGGCCCAAGGACUCGCUGGUCAUUGAGGUGAAGGCGGCCGAGUGUGUCGUUUCUGAUGACUACGCGACACUGCUCACGAUGCGCUUCCCGAGGUUCAAGUCCAUUCGCGAGGACCGAGAUUGGGACACUGCUCUUGACAAGACGACAUUCGACAAAUUGAGGAAGGAUGAAGCCCAGAGACAGAAGGAAAAGACGAUGGAGUUCGAUACUGGCAGACGCAAGGUCAAGCGUGUGAAGAAGGAGAUCGUGAUUGCUGGGCAGGAGGCUGCACCCGCCCAGUUCGAAGGGCCCAAGACCAAGGUCUUUGAGGGCCUCGAGUUCUGUGUGCUCACAGAAUCGACCAACCCGAAGAAGAGCAAAGCGCAACUUGAAGCCAUGAUCAAGGAAAAUGGCGGGAAGAUCUCACAGAGAGCUGUGGCUGACUCGGAGAUGAUACUGAUAGGAGAAAAGAAAGUUGUCAAGGUUGCGAGCCUGAUCAAGGCUGGCAAUGUCGACAUCAUCAAGCCCAAGUGGAUUCUGGACUGUCUGGCCCAGACCAACGAGGCCGCGGGUUUUCUCUUGCCAUAUGAGCCAGGUCAUCUGUUCCACGUAUCCGACGCCAUCAAGGAGCAAGCAGAGCAGAACGUGGAUGAUUACGGCGACAGUUUCGCCAGAGACAUCAACUUGGAGGAGCUCAAAGACUUAUUGGAGGACAUGCCGAAGAACGAGAUCGAGACCGACCCGCUAGAUGCCAGCCGAUUCCUAGAGCAGCUCGAGCAGCACGGGCAUGAUUUCGGUAGGCUCAAGGGCCACCUGUUCCGGGAGGCGGUCAUCUAUCUUGCGACUACGGAGGAUGUCACGCUCAUCACAGUGCUGAAGCUGAACAACUGGAUCAGAUUUGGCGGCGGGAAAAUUGUCGAGGGUAUUGAAAACACCGACGUGACACACGUGGUCGUCGUGGACAACGGUGACACGGAUGCCAGAAGAGAGGUCGUGGCCGAGGUGCGUUCGGCCAUCAGUAAGAAGCGAUCCCUACCGCGGGUGGUCACGCAACGGUGGCUAGAGGACUGCUGGAAGGAGAACACAAUGUUAACCGAGGAAGCGUAUGCACCUACAUGA